AUGGUGCUUUGCCUAAUGGUGACAGGGGCAGGAGGAAAAGCCGAUUUGCCCUCUAUAAGCGGACCAAGGCCAAUGGUGUCAAGCCCAGCACAACCCACGUGGUCUCCACACCCCAGGCAUCCAAGGCUAUCAGCUGCAAAGGCUUGCACAGCGUGUCCUACACCCUGUCCAGGAACCAGACCGUGGUGGUGGAGUACACGCAUGACAAAGACAUGGACAUGUUCCAGGUGGGCAGAUCAACAGAAAGCCCUAUCGACUUCGUGGUUACAGACACCGUUUCUGGUGGCCAGAACGAUGAAGCUCAGAUCACACAGAGCACCAUCUCCAGAUUUGCCUGCAGGAUUGUGUGUGACAGGAGUGAGCCAUACACGGCACGCAUAUUCGCGGCUGGAUUCGACUCCUCCAAAAACAUCUUUCUUGGAGAAAAGGCAGCAAAAUGGAAAAACCCUGAUGGAUACAUGGACGGGCUCACCACCAAUGGUGUUCUGGUGAUGCACCCUCGAGGGGGCUUCACAGAGGAGUCCCAGCCGGGAGUCUGGAGAGAGAUCUCUGUCUGUGGAGACGUGUAUACCUUACGAGAGACCAGGUCGGCCCAGCAGAGGGGAAAGCUGGUGGAAAGUGAGACCAACGUCCUUCAAGACGGCUCCCUCAUUGACCUGUGUGGAGCCACACUUCUCUGGAGAACCGCCGAUGGCCUUUUUCACACUCCGACUCAGAAACACAUUGAAGCCCUCCGGCAGGAGAUCAACGCAGCCCGACCCCAGUGCCCUGUGGGUCUCAACACCCUGGCCUUCCCCAGCAUCAAUCGGAAGGAGGUGGUGGAGGAGAAGCAGCCCUGGGCAUACCUGAGCUGUGGCCAUGUGCACGGCUACCACAACUGGGGCCAUCGGAGUGACAGGGAGCCCAACGAGCGGGAGUGCCCCAUGUGCAGGACUGUGGGCCCCUACGUCCCCCUCUGGCUGGGCUGCGAGCCAGGAUUUUAUGUUGAUGCCGGACCCCCAACUCACGCCUUCACCCCCUGUGGACACGUGUGUUCAGAGAAGUCUGCAAAGUACUGGUCUCAGAUCCCACUGCCUCAUGGAACCCACGCAUUUCAUGCCGCCUGUCCGUUCUGCGCCACACAGCUGGUUGGCGAACAGAACUGCAUCAAACUGAUUUUCCAAGGUCCAGUGGACUGACACCCUGGGCAGCCACUACACGUUAUUAACAAGUUACUGUGAAGAUUUUGCCACUAACUCUAGAUUCUAUCUUUCUGUAAUGCUCUUUGUUAAGGGAAAGGCAGACGGGGUUGGGGAAAAAGAGGGGGGUUCUGGUUAUGAAACAUGGCAGAUGUUGACAGAUAACACUGUGUUUUGCAUGCUUGGAACAGCAGCAGCAGCAGCAUUGAGGUCUGCUUGAUUAAACCUUAAUACCUGCGUAAUAAUUGGAUUUCAACUACCAUGCUUUUAUUAUUAACUUUGGGAUUUUAACCAAGUUUUUGUUUCGUUUUGUUUUGUUUUGUUUUGCUUUAUAAACUUAGACAAGGUUUUACAUCCUUUUUUAUAAGUGUAGAGGAAUCUUAUUCAACAGUUGUCUCUUAGUGCGCAGCGUGCAGUGUUGCGAGGCACAGGUGUCACCUACAAGAUGUGCAGUGGCUGGGAAUACUUGACAGUGGCCAGAAUCAGACCCAAUACCAGGGUCAACUGUUGGCUUCCCAGCAGCUCCAGGGGGACAGGAGGCAUAGGCAAGGCACUUGUUUUCCAACCUACAGCUUUGUUUCUCAUUUAUUUUCUGACUUUGGGUGGAAGAGAAUAUCCAUAUGUUAACUUUAUUUUAACUUGAGCAGAAUUUAUUCACACACCCACUCAUCAGACACGCAGCAUAUCAAACAAAGGCUUUCCUGGAAUUCCUAAUCUGCCCUGUUAUUUUUGCUUAAUAUGGGCUGCCUCUCAUCUUCAUCUUAACACGUCAAAAACUGAUUGAUUGGUUAAUUAAAAUCAAGCAACUUUGCGAAAUUGACGAGCUGAGGGUGGCGGCAGCAGCAGGAGUCGUGAGCCCCACAAGGCUGUUGCAUCUGUGAGGCUCUGUGAGCAUGUCCUGAGUCCACUAAUUCAACCUUAUCUGCACACCAAGGCUCUGUGGGCGUGUCCUGAGUCCAUUAAUACCAACCUUAUCUGCAUACCAAAUUGCUCAAGACCCAAGAGAGAUUUAAAAUAUGAUUUUACUUCUAAAGUCACUUGACACUUCAUUGUAUGACUUCCUCCCUCCUCCUCUUCCUUGUCCUUUUUUAGAAAGCUACAUUUUGUGAGCCCCAAAGCAAGAAAUGACAGUGGAAGUGUCAUUUUUCACUGCCUUCCCACCAUCGGUUACCUUCCCUUUGAGGUGAAGGAGCCCCAUAUGUUUUGAAAAUGUGUGCAAAUCAAACCAAGUUUAAAUGUGAUCACUAGAUACACAGAGCACCGAGGGUAUGUCUGUGAUCAUUUGAAAUUCCUGAUUUUGAGAGAGCAAGUGAGUGGUCACUGAGAAAUAAUUAAAUCAGAAUUUCACUAGUUGUGCUAGCCCUUUGUUAGUUUCACUUUGUGUUGAUUAAUAAUUCCUGAAUACUCAUUCUCUGGGUUUGGUGCCCGGACUAUUGUGGCUCACAGAGUGUGGAUACUCUGUCGGGCUUAGCUACAUUCCAUCAUUCCCAGGGAGAAAGUCUUCAGUUAAGCUAACAUCUGUUUAAAUGGACCGUCAACAGACUUGAGCUGCCCGGUUUUGCGUUAGUAAAUAUGUAUAAUUUAUGUGAAUCUGAUAUACCAUGUCCAUACUUGAAUUGGAUUUUCCAAAUUUUGCCUAUUUACAGAUAUUUCCCCUAUUUUCAACAAAGUAAACCUAUUUGAAUACCUUUUCUUAAAAACAAAAAGGAAUAUUACUCUCUAAUGCUGCUGCCUCCCUGGACCAAGUAUGCUGGGUUUAUCUGUCAGUUUUAAAAUAGCUUUAUUUUUCUGGGGAGACCAUUGUGUAGGAAGAGGUAAUUUUUGUUUUAAUUAUAUUUAUGAUGUGAAAAUCCAACAACAGUCUUAUUUCUAUUAAUUUCCUCUGUUCUACAUAGAUUACCUACAGGCAAAAAAGAAAGAAAAAGAACUUUCUAGAAAAACCCAUUGGCUGCCAUCUGAUACAGCAGAGCUUCGAGCACUGGCUUUUCGGGAAAGAUAAAGAGCGUGCUCCUUCCUCCCCUUGGUAUAUGGGCAGUUUGACAGUUCUUGAUUCCUAGUAGUAUCUUCUAAGGUGAAGGAAGGGUCUUAACCCAGAAAGGUUGAAUUUCACCCAUCCGAAAAAAAUAUCUUUUGAGGACAUUCCACUCUGAUACCAGACCCCUCUGUGUCAAGUUGUCUGCUCAUUCUGCGCAUGACUUAUGCGCCUAAACAAGGGAAGCAUCUGACCUCUGAAUCCAAGAUUGUAGACCCAGCUGCUAGCUCUCCGGGGGCAGUAGCCACCUUUAUCAUUUCCUUGGGUUUCCAGGUGAGGAGCACAGCCAUGUCACCUGCAAAGGAAGCUGUGCUGACUUGGACAACUUGUGAUAAGAUCACUUUCUGCUGAGGGAAGGGUUUCUAAGAAUAAAGAACUAGUUCAUCCAUGUAGAGUGAUACAGCUGAGAAAAGGAAUCUUCCCCAAGGUCACCUCUGUUUUCAUGUUGACUCGCCAUCACAUUUAAAGGAUGCAUCCUAAUCCCCCCACCCACAUGUACAUAAGGACAUCACCAGCCGCUUGCCCUGGUCUCAGCCUGACCAGUUGUCUUUUUCAAAUAGGUUUCCAGAAGUACAGACCAGUUACAUGCUUCCAUAGAUGAUAGCUCUUUCCAUUCUUUGUGUCAUUUCAUUACAAAAAAAAAAAAAAGAAAAAAAAAAGUUCAGAGCGAAUGGGAGACAGCUCUGAGUAUUUUUCUAGUGUUUUGUUAUAACUGAUCGGUGUGCUGGGCCACGCACACUGCAGCUCUCCACCUUUCUCUGAUUUCCUUCAGCUUUCUGCAAAAAGGGCUACAGUUCACACUGCAGAGGAAGUGUUAAGCUUUCUGGUUCUCUCUCACACACACACACUUCUGUGGCCCAAAAGAAGUAAAAUCUUUUAAUAUAAAUAGAGAGCAUAUUUAUAUCAUUCCUCAAUAGUUAAUUAUAGUGUUUGGUACCUUUGUGCCUCAGGGACGCCACGUGAUGUAACUGGUUAUAGACUUUCAGGGUUAGGGUGUAGAGAAAGGAGAAAGCCAUUGGAAAAUGCGAUGGGCUCCAUUAAGGAGACUAAUUAAUCUAGUGCAGAAGCAUGCCAGGACCGGCAUAAAUGUGAUUGUAGUAGAAUCUGUUUCCCAGUACUAGUAGGGAAAUUAUUUUAAGUUAUUGCAUAUACUGUAUUAGGAGAGUUGAGAACUCUUCAUAAAGCAUCGAUGCCUCUCACUUUUGCUUACCAGUCUCUGUUCUUGGGCGCUCAGUAUUGAUAUUUGAGCACGUUUAGGGAACACGUUUUCUGCUUAGGUGUACUAAAGGUUGUUCCACGGUUUCACUCAGCUUCUCUCCUUCUCCAGAGCUGUUCUGUUCUUUGGAUGUGCCCGAGAGGUGGCUAAUCAUGUCGCCGUCAGUGCUGUCUUACCUCUCUCGGUGGGCACGCAGACAGAUACCCCAGCACCGGAUUUCAAGCCACAUGUGCUUCUGUUCCCUUGGCUGCCAAUCUCGCGGCCCAUUGUUCUGCCUUUCGGACCAAGGGUCUGGAGCUCCUGCCGCGGUGGUGAGCACAGGACACAGCUCCGCUCAUUGCAUUAGUGCCCAAGGCCGGGGAGGUAACUUGGGGAUAGUUUUAGGAGACACUAAGCAUUGCUGAAGAGGUAAAACAGCGUUCUGUCUUGUCUUUUUAAUAAUAUGUCCUCACAAGUGUCUGCCCCCAUGACUCCCUAGUGGACAGGAAGGAAAAACAAGUAUAUCUUCCAGUUCAGCUUAACUUUCUAAAAAGAAAUUAGUGUGCUGAAAGGAAUGUUCUGUCUUUUAAGCUGAGAUCACAGAUUGCUUCUCUGUAUUAAAUAACCUAGAAGUUGGGGGCUGGUCAUAUUUACCAUGUAUAGUGUUAUAAGCAGUUAAAUUUUAUGGUUAUAUUUGUAAAAUCUGUUCUUUUGUAUUUCAUGUCCAAUUGAAAAUUUUAUUUCUUCACUGUUGUACUUGUGGAAAUACAAGCCAUUUUACAGGGGAAAAGUCUUCAAAAGCUAUUAAACAAAUCUCCCAUGUUUGUAAGUCGUCCGCGACUCUGUUGUUAGCACCGGCUUCAUCAGGACAUUCAGUAGGACAUGGGUACAAAUGUAGACUUGAUUGUGCAUUUCCUAACUUCCACACAAAUCCCAAACAGACGGGUUGACUGUUGUUUUAUACUCUGCACACCGCAAACUUAAAUCUGUGUUCUGAAAAAAUCCCCCAAUUUUUUAUUAAACUCCAUUGGUGCUCAUAUUAUAAUCUCUUGUGACAUUUUAUCACUGUCAAAUAAAUGUAACUUGUAGGAGACUUUUA